CAAUGAGAGACAAGGAUGGCUUGGACCAGGAGGAGAGAGUGGAGAUGGGCAGAGCUGGGUCCAGGGAAUCAGGGAGCAAAGAGCCCAGGAUCCUCAGGCCAGCGCUGUCUGCACAUUGGGGAGAUGAAGGUCCCUGUAGCUGCUCUCUCCGUCCUCAUCCUUGCUGCUACCCUUGGAUCCCCUGCCCAUGGAUCCCCGGCCCAUGAAUCCUUGGAUGCUGAACCAAGAAUGGUGAUGCAUCAAUUGAAUCCCACAAUGCACUCUCAAGUGUUUCACCUUCCUCCUGACUGCUGCUGGUCCUAUACCAAACGAAAAAUCCGAUGCGUAUUCAUGAAAAGUUACUUUGAAACGACCAGUGGGUGCUCCCAGCCUGGUGUCAUCUUCAUCACCAAAAGGGGGCGGCGUGUCUGUGCCAACCCCUAUAAUGCGGAAGUUCAGGAUUGUAUAAUGAACAUGCAGCAGGACUCUGUGGAGAACCUGAGCAGGAGUCAUUUUAUAUACUGAGCAACUUGUUGAGUGAUAAGAAGGGAUGCUAGGUCCCAGCCACCCAUCUCUUGACUCUCUUACCUCACCUCCUCGGAGCUUCUUGGCCUGAAUUAUUUUUUCAAGCAACAAUUACUGCUGUGUUCUGAUUAUAAAAGAUGUUGCAUUAAUUAAACAUAUCCAAUUUAACUUGA